AUGAUAUGGCCGACUUGCAACGAAUUCUCCGAUGAGGCGGAAGCGGCUCCUGCAAUCAUAGUCAACGGCAUCCAGCAGGUCGUCCGGGGGUCGACGGUCAAGGACGACGCUCCCACCAUUCAAUGCUCAGAUAUAUCGAGCGAAGCUAAGGACCAUGAGGCGAUGCACGACCAUCCCGCUGCAAAUUGCAGCGCGUCGUCCUCAGCCUCCUCGUUCUCUAACUUAUGGGUGAAUGUCCAGCGGUCCCCGCCAACCUGCUACGCCGAUGCACAGCCACCCAUCGAGCCCGGGUGUACAAUCCCGUUUUGGAACAUGGCCGAGUCCGACUGCUUAGACACUGAAUACAACAGAGAUACCCUAGGCGCGGAGCGAGAAGAAAAAGCAAUGCAGAGAGAGAUGCUCGUGCAGCCCCCGCCUUUGCUGAACGCAACCGAAAGCGAGAUGCAGCUGUUCCACGGCCCGGCCGUACUGGCUGUGACUCCCGGCUCGAUGAUGUCCUUACGUCCUCCAUCCCUCAAAGUCCGCGUGUUAGAUGAGAAUGCGUUCCUCGCCGAUCAGAGUCUCCCCGCGCGGUGCAUUCAGGAAGACCCACUCCUCUUCCGCCUCUACCCUGUCACGUUCGAACAGACACAGCGGAGCGCCUGUCCCUGGCUGUGUAAGCUGUGCGUGCCGCGCGGAAUACGGUUCCCGUUGAUCCGGUUCUGGACUGAACACCCCUACGCUAUCUCCAUGUUUGACUGUCCACGGGACACGCAUGCACAAGAAGUAUUGGUACAAGCGUACCUACAUUCUACAGAGGCGGUUAAUGUUACUUUAGAGACGUGA